UCCGCGAAGGGGGCGCGGGCGUUUCAGGGAAGCGCCCUGACGUCCGAAUCCCCGCGUGGCGGGUGACUGACGCUGGGCCCGCGAUGCCAAAGUGGCGCAGCUGAGGGCCCGCGUGGAUCUCAACGGGGCCCCCUUCUCCCCAGUGCAAUACAGGCCGAGCGCAGACCGGCUGAUGUAGACCUGCUUUUCUCGCCUGAGGGACGCUCGCCGCUUGGAGGACGGUCCCGUCCCACACAGUCUUAGACGUGGCCUCCCGCAGUUGUGCCCCCACCACGCAACCUCUUAGAACACUCUUAGACAUUAGUUGGGACACGUCCACGCGGUCAGUCCCGCGCGCGGUCUCCUGCUUCUCUCCACGUCGCACGACAGCCGGAGGAGAAGCCCGCCCGUCUUUCUGGAGGACUGCGCCUCUGACUUGGGGCCCGAGUUUGGGCGCUGCCGCCGCCGCCGCCCCCUAGCGGUGCCAUGUGGAGGGGGCGCUGUUCUGGGAGGCGGCCGGCGCUGGGCGGGUGGCUUUGGCUGCCGCUGCUUCUGGGGCUGGCGGCGAGGACGCGGGCCAGCGGCGAGUACUGCCACGGCUGGCUGGACGGGGCGGUCUGGCGGGACGGAUUCCAGUGCCCGGAGCACUUCGACGACGGCGACGCCACCAUUUGCUGCGGCACCUGCGCCCUUCGCUACUGCUGCGCCCGAGCCGAGGCUCGGCUGGAUCAGGGCGUGUGCGACAACGACAGGCAGCAGGGGGGAGCAGAGCACGGCCGGCCGGAUAAGGACCUUCCGGACGGCGCGGCAGUGCCUAUCUAUGUGCCGUUCCUUAUCGUCGGAUCUGUUUUUGUCGCGUUCAUCAUCCUGGGCUCUCUGGUCGCAGCUUGCUGCUGCCGAUGCCUGCGACCCAAGCAAGAACCCCAGCAGAGCAGAGCUCCUGGAGGUAACCGGAUGAUGGAGACCAUUCCCAUGAUUCCAAGUGCCAGCACCUCCCGAGGGUCCUCCUCACGUCAAUCAAGUACUGCUGCCAGCUCCAGUUCCAGUGCCAACUCAGGUGCCAGGGGCCCCCCUACCAGGUCACAAACCAACUGCUGUUUACCAGAAGGGACCAUGAAUAAUGUAUACGUCAACAUGCCUACAAAUUUCUCAGUACUGAACUGCCAGCAGGCUACACAGAUAGUGCCACACCAAGGACAGUAUUUGCACCCGCAGUACGUAGGAUAUGCUGUGCAACAUGACUCCAUGCCCCCCGUCCCACCUUUUUUGGACGGUCUGCAAAGUGGAUACAGGCCAAUUCAGUCUCCUUAUCCUCACAGUAAUAGUGAACAGAAGAUGUACCCAGCAGUGACUGUAUAACUUUGGGGGGUGGGGGAGAGGAAUCAACCACG